AUGGCCUCAACAGUAUCACAAAAGGUACUGUUAGUGUUAUCUAUCAUUUUUAUUGUACUAGGUUUGGCAUUAACUCUUGGUGGUGCAUUUUCACCAGCAUGGCAAAUUGUUGAUAUAAGAGAAUUUAGAGCUGAACAUCAACAUGGUUUAUGGUGGGAUUGUGUUAGAGCUGAGAAACAUGUUGUUGCUGUUGGUGAUUUUUAUGAUGAAACACCAUUACAUUGUAUGCAAAAAUUUGAUAGAUCUGCUGAACUUGUUAUUGAAGAUACUUUAAAUAAUAUUGAUGAAGAUGGUGCUGCUGGAGAGUCUGAACAUCAUAGAUUUUGGGCAUGGCAUAAAAUUGUUUUAUUCUUCAUUCUUUUUGGUGCUUUCUCUGCAUUUAUAUCAAUAUGUACUGGUGUAUGUGCACCAUGUUUUCCACCAUGUGCUUUUGUAUUUUCAAUUUCAUUAUUUAUUGCCAUGAUAUGUUCAAUGAUUGCUGAUGGAGUCUUUUUUUUAGCUGCUAAUAGAGUUGAUAAUAGAUUUGUUCAAGGAAUGGUUGGAACAUAUGAACAAAAUAUUGGGUAUGCUUUUUAUAUUCAUUUAUUUGGAACAUUAGCUUGGAUUCUUGCAUUUAUAUGUACACUUGCCACAACAUACAAAUUUUUUUCAACCAAUAGAAGAAAUGAUGGAGACUAUUAUCCAAAUAAUGAUCGUUUUGGUGAUUCAAGAGGCGUUCCAAUUCAAAGAUCUAUAUUAAAUGAUAAUAACAAACCUAUUAAUUUUUCCAAUAACAUUCAAUAUACUCAACCAUCACAAUCAUACCAACAAGGUUAUGGUUCUCAAAGCUAUCAUUUUCGUGAAACCAGUGCUUAA